AUGCACGCCGUCAUCCAAGACGCUGUCCUCGUCGGCCGUUCCAUCAUCGGCCGAUCCAUCUCGUCGACCGUCAUCAAUGGCGACGACCCGACCAAGUUCGACCCAUCCCACCCCAUCACCCUCUUCAUCAUCCAGCUCAUGGUGAUCACCUGUCUCACCCUGAUGCUCGGAUGGGCGUUCAAGUUCAUGAAUCAGCCUAGAGUCAUUGCAGAGGUUAUCGCCGGUAUCAUCCUCGGUCCCACCGCCAUGGGCCGCAUCCCGGGCUUCACACAGCACAUCUUCCCCAAGGAAUCGAUCCCGUUUCUCAAUCUCGUCUCGACUAUCGGCCUGAUCCUCUUCCUCUUCGUCGUCGGUCUCGAAGUCGAUAUCUCCGUCGCAAAACGAAAUGGCAAGAAUUCGGCCAUCAUCUCGCUGGCUGGUAUCGCGUUGCCGUUCGCAAUAGGUUCUGGCGUUGCCGUGCCGGUCUACGAGAACUUUGUCAACAAGGACAAGGUCACCUUUGGCCACUUCCUGCUGUUCAUCUGUGUCGCCAUGUCGAUCACGGCCUUCCCAGUUCUCUGUCGGAUUCUCACCGCUACCAAGCUUCUCGACACAAAGGUCGGCGUCAUUGUGCUCUCGGCUGGUGUUGGCAACGACGUCAUCGGCUGGGUGCUUCUUGCCCUCACCCUUGCUCUCUCUGGGAAUGGCUCUGGCGUCAACUCGGUCUACAUCCUGCUCGCCGCUGUCGGGUGGUCCAUCCUUCUUCUCUGGCCGAUUAGAAAGGCUUUCUAUUGGGCAGUCAAGCGCUCCGGCUCCCUCGACACUGGCCACCCGACUACGGGCAUCAUGACGCUCACGCUCAUGAUUGUCUUCGCUUCAGCCUUCAUGACCGGCAUCAUCGGCGUGCACCCCAUCUUCGGUGGUUUCAUCGCGGGCCUCAUCAUCCCCCACGAGGGCGGUUUCGCUAUUGGCAUCACCGAGCGCAUCGAUGACCUCGUCACCAUGCUCUUCCUCCCAAUCUACUUCACGCUCUCGGGUCUCAACACCAACUUUGGCGCGCUCAGCGACGGUCUCGCCUGGGGCUACGUAGUCCUGCUCUGCGUCGUUGGUUUCGUCGGCAAGUUUGGUGGAUGCGCUGCAACGGCCAAGUUCCUCGGGUACAGCUGGCGCGAGUCGGGUGCCAUCGGCAUGCUCAUGUCGUGCAAGGGUCUCGUCGAGCUCAUUGUCCUCAACGUCGGUCUCGAGGCUGGCAUCAUCGAGCAGAAGCUCUUCUCCAUGAUGGUCCUGGUCGCGGUUGUCCUCACGUUUAUGACCACUCCGUGCACGCUCCUCAUCUACCCCUACAAGUACCACACCAGGGCCAACCUCGGCGACUCGAAGGAGGACGCCCAGAACCGGGCGGCGCGCGACGCAUUCCUCGGUGCUUCCGCUGGCGGCGCUGCGGGUGGUCGCGAGUACACGACCCGUCUCCUUGUCGUGCUUCAGAAGCUCGAGCACCUAGCCUCGACAAUGUUCAUCACGCAGCUUCUGGAGCCCGAGCUGGAAGUCGCCGCGCAAAUUGCUGCUGCCGAUCCCAAGCGUCUCGAUGGCGACGUUGCGGCCAUUGAGAAUGCUCUCGAGCAGGGUGCCAGCGACCGCGAGACAACCCCCGGCCGGAACUCGAACGUGAACGGCGGCGCCAACGUCCCGGUGCACAUUGACGCUCUCAAGCUCAUCGAGCUCACUGGUCGUACCUAUUCGGUCAUGCAGUCGGCUGAGAAGGACCAGACCCUGCUUGCCGACGACGCUCUCCAGCUCUUCCGCCAGUUUGGCCGUCUUCGUGGCAUGGACAUCGCCCCGCACAUCAGCAUUGUCUCGCAGGACAGCUUCCCGUCUGCAGUUGCCGAAUUCGCACAGGACCUCUCGUCCGAGCUUAUUGUCAUUCCGUGGACUGUCACCGGCCCUGAGCGGGUGACAGCCGACAACCAAGCCGGCACAUCGAGCGACUCCGCAGCGGCUGUGCCCCCCACCCCGUUUGACAUCUUUGCCGCGGACGGUUCACCCAUGUACACCCACUUCAUCCGCAACCUCUUCUCCCGCGCAACGACCGACAUCGCCCUGUUCAUUGACCGCGGCUUCGGUGGUGCUCAUGUUACCCCUCCUGGAGCUGGUCAGCACGUCUUCUUCCCCUUCUUCGGAGGCCCCGAUGAUCGCCUGGCUCUUCGCCUCGUCGUCCAGCUCUGCCAUCACGCUCACGUCUCUGCUACCGUCAUCCGCAUCACGCACAGCGACAUCUCCGACUCUGGCUCUGAGGCCGGCACACUCGAGGACAAGCACGAGGCCAAGCUGUCAGAGUCGGCGAAGGUGCACCAGGCCGCGCUUCUCCAGAACCAGCUCACGAUCGGCGGACCCAAGCUUGCGGAGACUCAGAACCGUGUACUGUCCGAGACGGCCGACAACGUGGCUUGGAACUAUUACACCACGGUCCAGGGCGCGUUGAACGAGGGUGCCCUCUCGCGCAUAAUCUUCUCCUCGAUCGAGUCUGGCACCCCCCUCGCGGACUCGAUCAAGUACGCUGAACAGGCACUGUCGGCGGCUCACAACGAGCGCAUGUGGCGCCCGCUCCUCGUCGUUGCCGGUCGCGGCCGCCACUCGGCUGCGUAUAACCACGAGCGCGAGGUGUCGAGCAUCCUCGGUGCCAAGGGGCACAACCCGACUGUCGGCGCCGAGUUGCGCAAGACGGUCGGUGACGUGACAGCGGCUGUCAUCCUCGCGAGCGGCCAGCAGAUGAGCCAGUCGUCGUACCUUGUCUGCGAGGCUGGGCAGUAG